AUGGAAGAACCUUCCUGGAAGAAAACCAAACUCUCAUUAGAGAGACCCUACAAGGACGACAAGGGAGAGAGCAUACCGGUGCUUCUCGAUAUAACUCCAGAUGGAGUUCAAGUAUUUGAGUCUCCACAAGAUCACACUAAACUCUUGGGCGAAAACCUAAGACGUAUAUUCAUUGAGCGCGGCGUCGACUUUUUCGAGCGCCAAGAUGCCCUGAAGGCUAUCGGAGACUUGUCCAUUCCUCAGGCCCUAGAUAUCAAAGAUGACAAAAUCGAACCAGAUCAGUACGAGGAAGUCGUCUCGAAAGCCAUCAUGAACCCAGAAGAAUUAUACAAAAUGCGGAUGGAAAUCAUGCCACAGCUCUUUACUGCAUUGGGAGAGAUGACACACGCCAGAGAGCUGCUUUCGUUGCUACUGACUUCCACUCCACCAAUUGAUCCGUCUCCUGUCCCGUCCUUACCUUCUUCUACGUUGACAGCAAGUAUAGUCACGAAGCCUCCGCCCAUACCUUCGGUGGAUGCGUUCAACGCUCAGCUAACUAUCGGUGGAAAGGACGAGGCCCUGAGAAAAGCUGCAAGUUUAUUCAAGGCCGCCGCAAACAACCUGGAGAGAAGCCGCCUCCGAGGUCAAAGGUACUGGGUCGAUGCGCUCAAGAUCCGGCGUGCCAACUGGGGAUUAGUGCCUGCACCCCUCCCAUUUGGUGCACCCACGGGCAAAGGUGCUGAUAAAACGUCAAAGGACUUCUUUGUCUCUUUUGGUCUCGAGGAAUCCCCCGCUCACUUCAGACGGAGAGCGGUAGGACACAUGGCAACAUAUGAAACUUUAUCACAUGUUCUUGUAUUUCCUCACCGUCAGCGAGUCCGCCUCCAAGUUUCUCUUAUCCUCACCGAUUCCACCGGCAUCUUUCGCACUGCUUCCAACAGCAUAAUAUGCCUAUCGGAUGCGUCAUUGGAAGACUCGCUCAAAACCGCGCAAAGGGAAAUGGUUGAGGAGGAGCUUUUCUCCGUCUUGAUUAAGGAGGCUAGCACCCUACCAACAGCCUCGGCGCGAGUGGCCGAGCGGCUUAUCGUCAUUGAUGCCGCCCAAGGAACAGAACUUAAGUUUGAACUCGUGAAACCCUAUACUAGUGAUGAACGUUUGUCUGCUACAUGUAAUCUCAUAUACUUCGCGCUGCAGGGACUCCUCUUGUCCCUGCAUGCUUCGCAGAAAUCCCAGCGCCUAUCAUCAGGCAACACACACCAUCCACCCUCGAUUCCCAAUAAGGCACCUCUGUUGCAGCCCAUCAUCGACCUCCUUCAAUAUCAGGUAUUCUGUCACAGAAUCAAAGUUGAAUUAGAUAAAAUGGUUUCUGCCCUGCUCAAGGCUGGUAUUCCAUCCUCGUUACGAUUCGAUGCUGUAGGUGAGAGCGGGCACCAAUUAGUGGAGCACCUUGUCGCCGAUCAGACACCAAGAAGGAUAGGGGGCGAAGCUCUUCUCCCACAUUUGCCACAAGCAACACUCCCGAUCGCGUCCAUACCUCAGUUGGUGCAGCUUCUCUCAGACGAAGUCGAGAGAUGCCUUCUCAAUCGGUUGUGCGAAGUAGGCUCACAGGUUUGUGAACGUGUCGGUGCAACAUGGUUUGUGGAUUUCGUCAGUGGCAAAGCGGUCGGAAGAUGGGAAGGAAGUAUAUUGAACUUCCGCAUCAUAUUCGACAAAGACUUUGCCAUCCGCGCAUCAGCAUAUUGUCUGAACAAAGCAAGCCACCACCAGCUGUCAUUACUAGAAACCUACACUCCUAAGACCUCAAUCUCUCUCGUAGCAUGGCUGCAAGAGCUGCUUGAGAAGACCAUGUCAGAAUCUUAAAAUGUCUUUGGCCAAUAGUCGU